GCUGCGAAUUUCCCGGAUAGAGUUUUGUCGCCAUAUUUAGUGCAGUGUCGCCGGUUACAGUGUACGAGGAUUUUAAGCUGCCGUUGAUUCACCAAGUAACACAGUAUAGUAUAUUUAUUCACUUGCUUUUAACCUUUUCAUCCGUCUGCACAAAAAACAACGUCGCUUACCAUUUCCACCUCCUCCCGAUCCCCAAGUAACCAUGGCAGAUCGAGAGCACUUGGUAUACCAGGCUAAACUAGCAGAGCAAGCAGAGAGAUACGAUGAAAUGGUGGAGACAAUGAAGAAUGUUGCAGGGAAGGACAUCGAGCUCACAGUAGAGGAGAGAAACCUGUUAUCAGUUGCAUAUAAGAAUGUGAUUGGAGCACGGAGAGCCUCCUGGAGGAUAAUCAGCAGCAUUGAGCAGAAAGAGGAGAGCAAGGGCGGAGAGGACAAACUCAAAAUGAUCCGAGAAUACAGACAAACGGUUGAGAAUGAGCUGAAAUCUAUUUGCAAUGACAUACUGGAUGUACUGGACAAACACCUCAUUCCUGCAGCCAACACAGGAGAAUCCAAAGUUUUCUACUACAAAAUGAAGGGUGACUACCACAGGUACCUAGCAGAGUUUGCCACGGGUAAUGACAGGAAGGAAGCAGCAGAGAACAGUUUGGUUGCGUACAAAGCUGCCAGUGACAUUGCCAUGAUUGAGCUCCCACCCACACAUCCCAUCCGGCUUGGCCUAGCUCUCAACUUCUCCGUCUUUUACUACGAGAUCCUUAACUCCCCUGACCGCGCAUGCAGGUUGGCGAAGGCAGCGUUUGAUGAUGCGAUAGCAGAGCUGGACACGCUGAGUGAGGACAGUUACAAGGACUCUACACUCAUCAUGCAGCUGUUACGGGACAACCUGACACUGUGGACUUCAGACAUGCAGGGAGAUGGUGAAGAACAAAAUAAACCAGCACAGCAAGAUGCUGAGGAGGAAACCCAGUGAGAUGUCAACGCCAACAUACUAAACCUUCUCUCUCUCUCUGUCUGUCUGUUGCUCUCUCUUUCUCAUUCAUCCCUGCCCUCAGGGAAACCACAUGGUGUCAUAGAGAAGAGUUCAGAUGCUGAAUGCUGUUUCUGUCCAUCCCUGUUUUAUCACUUUAUCUGUCUGUCUUUUCCUCUCUCGCGUUUCUCCUUGUUUCGUACCUUUGCUGUCAUCUAUCUGACAUCUACAGUAGUUUGGAGUCAUUGAGAUUUUUUUUGGAGUCAUUGAAGUCUCUUAUGCUCACCAAGGCUGCAUUUACUGGAUCAAAAAUACAGUAAAAACUGUAAUAUUGUGAAAUAUUACUUUUUUUUUUUUUUCUUUUUUUUUUAAAUAUAUAUUUUAAAAUGUAAUUUAUUCCUACAAUGCAAAGCUGAAUUUUCAGCAUCAUUACUCCAGUCUUCAGUGUCACAUGAUUCUUCAGAAAUCAUUCUAAUAUGCUGAUUUGCUGCUCCAUUAUUAAUAUUGGUGCUCGAUUAUUAAUAAUGGUUCUUAUCAAUGUUGAACCCAGUUGUGCGGCUUCAUAUCUUUGUGGAUACUGUGAUACAUUUUUUUUUUUUUUUUCAGGAUUCUUUGAACAAAGUUCCAAUAAACAGCAUGAAUAUAAAUGUCUUUACUGUCACUUUUGAUCAAUUUAAUACGUCCUUGCUGAAUAAAAAUAUUACUGAAGUAUUAUUUUCUUUAAAAAAAAAUCUUACCCUUGACUUUUGAAUGAUAGUGUCACGGUAUCCACAAAAAUAUGAAGCGACACAACUGUGUUCACUAUUGAUGAUGUUAAGAAAUGUUUCUUCAGCAGAAAAUCAGCAUAUUAGAAUGAUUUCUGAAGAAUCAUGUGACACUGAAGACUGUAAUGAUGCUGAAAAUUCAGCUUUGCAUCACAGGAAUAAAUUACUUUUUAAAAUAUAUUCACAUAGAAAAUAUUUCUUUUAAAUCCUAAUAAUAUUUCACUGUUUCUACUGUAUUUUUGAUCAAAUAAAUGCAGCCUUGAUGAACAUAAGAGACUUCUUUCAAAAACAUUAAAAGAUCUUACCGACUCCAAACUUAUAAGCGGUAGUGUAUAUUUUUAGAGGGUUUUAGGGUUUCAUUUUAUUUUAUGUUUUUUAAAUCUUAAGCAUUUUUUAAUAAACUAUUCACUUAGGUCAUUAUAUGAUUAUAUGAUGCCAGAAUGGAGAGUUUCCUCUGUAAGGUUUGGCUUUACUACCUGUUGCAAACUUCCUUGAGAAUCACACUUUUAUUAUACAGGUUUGCUUUGGCUUAGUUCUUUAUUAGUGUUAUUCUGUCAAUUGAGCUCAAUGGCCAUUAUUGGAGAUGUUUAUUUUUAGAAGCUUUUUUUGAGGUCGGCUGUGAGUAAAAAAACUCAAGCUGUGUAAUCGUAAAUUUGGCCUCAAAAACAUUUUGCCCUUCUUUUCUAAAGCGAUGGAUUUUGUCAGAAAGUUCUCUGUCUGUGGUAUGGUGUCCUGUGGUUGGUUACAAUGAGUAACUAUACGCUUUUCAAGCUUUUCAGAAAUGAAUGCAACUCUCGCCUCAAUGUUAUUCGAAAGGCUGCUGCUGCAGAAAUAUUUCUAUAAAGCUGUUGUCAAAGCUCUUGUGCUUUGCCUCAGAAGCUUUUUGUGUUUUAAGGCAGGAAAGAAACAGAUCUUUCUCAAGAUCAGAUGCAAAACAAGCAAGAUGCUUUGGUGUUUUUCUUCAAUGGACUGAGGUGAAACUCUAGUUGGGGAUUUUGGUAUGACUUUACAAUGAGGUUGCAUUUCUUAACAUUUGUUGACUACGUUAUUUAACAUAAACCAACAAUGAGCGAUACUUCUACAGAAUUUAUUAGGUAAUGUUCAUUUCAACAUUUACUAUUACAUUUUGUUUUAACAUUGGUUAAUGCACUCUGAACAAACAUAAACAAUUUUUUAUUUACUAACAUUAACACAGGUUAAUAAAUGCUAUAAAAUCAUUUGGUUACUCUUUAAAGUGUCCUUGUUACAGUGUAAUUAUACAAUAUUAACAAUGAACAUUUUCUUAAUAUAGGUUUAGGGUUAGUUGCUUGAAUUUGUGUAAUUUACUGUUAAUACUAUAGUAUGUACAUGUAACAUGUAACAAGGAUACUGUAAAAUAAAGUGGUCCAAAUUUGCUUGUUGUUAGUUAAUGUUAGAUAAUGCAUUAACUAAUGUUAACACACAUGACACCUUAUUGUAAAUUGUUACCAGGAUUUCAUCUUCGUGUAUCUACUCUCAUUCUGACUCUUUCUCUCUUCAGUCUACAUUGUCAUGUAUUUCUUCUGUUCAGUACGUGUAACUUGAAUCUGAUUUGUACUGUUUAUUCUGCCUGAAGCCAACAAACACCUGUCUUCGUAUGGAGACACAGCAUGAGAUCGACUCAACCUUCCGAAUAAAUCAAGACUAAAUAAAUGAAUUAAUAAAACACUAUCUUAACCUUUC